ACUCUUUUUUUCUUCUUUCAUAUAGGUAUUGGAAUAAUAUCAGUACCCUAUGCACUUUCACAAGGAGGAUGGUUAUGUUUGAUGCUACUUUUUUUAGUAGCAAUUAUAUGUUGUUACACAGGAAUACUUUUACAAAAAUGCAUGAGUGUUUCACCAUCAAUCAAUACAUAUCCUGAUAUUGGUGAAUUUGCUUUUGGUAACGAAGGAAGAAUCUUGAUAUCAAUUUUCUUAUAUCUUGAACUAUACUUUGUUGCAAUUAAAUUCCUCAUAUUAGAAGGUGACAAUUUGCAAAAAUUAUUCCCAAAUGCAAAAAUUCAUGUUGGUUGUGUUAAAAUUGUUGGAAGGGAAGUUUUUGUGUUAUUAGUUGCUAUUAUAAUAUUGCCAACAACAUGGUUUAAAAGUUUAGGCUUAUUGGCUUAUGUUUCUAGUGGUGGAGUUUUGGCUUCAAUUGUUUUGGUUUUUUCAAUAUUUUGGGUUGGUGCAAUUGAUGGUAUUGGAUUUGAAGAAAAAGGUGUGAUUUGGAGAUGGGAUGGAUUGAUAAGUGCAAUAAGUAUGUAUACAUUUUGUUAUUGUGGUCAUACUGUUUUUCCAACAAUAUGCAAUUCCAUGAAGGAUAGGAAGUCAAUUUCCCAAGGUAAUAAUAUCUUAUUGAUAACAUGUACUAUUAGUCCGGUUUCAGUUUAUGUGGUAUUGUUUGACUAGACAUAAAUCUUAAGAAUAAAAGGUCUUUUGAAAUUUGUGGUUGUAUAACGUUUCAUUAAAGGUGUAAAAGAAAAUUUAAGGUUAUGUUGUUUUUCUAUUAUAAAAAGAUGGAUGAAAGUCUCGAGUUCAAGUAUUGAGUUAUGAAGUCACCUUUGGUAGGAAAUGCUUUACCUUCCAAAAGUGGGAUUUGUUAUGACCAUUUGUCAGAUCACGUAAAGCCGUGUUUGGUUUGCCUUGCAAGUUAUCCAAAGGACA